AUGGACUUUACACAGCCAGGACCACUCUUCAAGGGCGCCAAUUACCGCCUCGGCCAGACUUGGGGCGGCCCAAAUGUCGUAGUGGACGACGUCGGCAAUCUGCAGACAGACGUGAGCACAUCGGAGGCCGCGAUAACAGCGACGAUCUUUUUCGGUAUCACCAUUGCAGGAGCCUUCGUGUCAUACAUCGCGGGAAUGCUCUGCCAUUUUAUGAUCUGGCGAGAAUACAACCUUCGCAGUCCACUGGCAAAUCUCUUCCCACCUGUGACAGCGAUGAUUUAUCUCAUUGCGGUCUGUGUGCUCCUGGACGGUCAUCAGCCUGCGGAGGGAAGAGAGUCUGCGCAUCGCGAAAGCCUUCAGACGCUUUUCUUGGACAGCUUAAUCGUCCAUCUGAUCAUACUGAUGCUUGUUUGGCUUGUCACCUCUGUGAGAGACAUGUGGUAUUGGUUUGCCGAAUUUUCGAAGACGCGCGAUGCUCUUAAAGUCCAGGAGACAGCGGAACCUGUUGAUGAAGAAGCUCAAGUUGGGAUGAGCAGCGUGCCCAUGCAAAUGGAAUGA